UGUUGUGUAAGAGCUGAAAGUAAAAGUUGAAACUCGGCGGAGCAGCGGCAGCGGCACCAUCAGCGGCAGCGGCAACAGCAGCAGCAGCAGCAGCAGCGGCGGUGGCGGCGUCGACUGGGCGCGUUGAAAUCGUAAGACAACGACGGCGAAACGCCCCCCUUCUCGCCGCGGACCAUCAUCGCAAGUAGGAGCGGAAUCGAGGAUUUUAUUAGUUUCGGAAAGCGAGAGCGAACCCGACCGAGAAGAAUCGCCCCCCUGCAGAGGAGGAGGAGAAGGAGGAGGAGGAGGAGGAGGAGGAAGAAAACACUGACGAUGAUCGCAUCGGACAUGUUGCGAAAUCACUGAUCCAACACACCCACCCCGAAGCAAUCGUUCGGUUUUAUCCGAAACGGAGAGCGGAUGCGAACCGUGUCGACGAGGCUGGUACCCGCAGGAUUUCUACCCGCUGCAAGGAUUCGUUUCACAAACCGCGCGCGGUUACGCGGAAUUGCGGAUUUGCGAAAGUCAACUUUUCGCCGUCGUCAAAACACACGGCGGCAACCGCGGUGUGUGUCUGUGUAUCUCUUGUGUUCACUUUCAGUGCGUCUCUCUGUGACGGAGCGAGCAGUUUUCACCCCGCGUUUAAGUGUGCGUCUCCCCGUGUCUCUCGCGAUCAGUGUGUGCCCGUUGCUCGGAGUGUUUUCCUUGGUGCGCGCAAAGUAAAACACAUCGGGGGAAAGUGAUUACGGUAUCAAAUAUUGAUACGUUGGUGCCUUUUGUGUGAAGAAAAAAAUAUUUCCCUCCAAAAGAAAUUAUGAAAAGUGACGACGGUUAAAAGUGUCAUCGUAAUUUAAAGAAGCGACACAACUCGAUUCGCUUCGAAACUACAAAUUUAUCAUCGGGCGCAAUCUGAAUUCAUCUGCAAGGUGGUUGCGUGGCCGUUUAAAUAUCGUUAAUAAUCGAACACCGCGUUGUUCUGUUUCACCGUAUAGUCAGUCGUCCGCCUAGCUGCUGCACGAUCCAACCUCGCUCGCGGGACUUUUACUUUGGCGCGGAGUUUCGUAAAGCGUUACAAAACCAGAGGAGAGAGAAGGAGACGGGCUGAUAGACGGAGAAAGAUACAGAAACAGAGAGAGAGAGAGAGCGAGAGAGAAAGAGAGAGAAACAGAAAGACGGAGAGAGAGAGAGAGAGAGAUACGCUGUUACUUUCGGCGCGCGAAACAACCGCGGAUCUUUCGGACCUGCGUCGAAUCGAAUUCAAGAACUCGCGUCUGUCGCACUUUGACGAAGCAUCGAGGAGAGAAGGUUUCGCGGAGAACGGAAAAAAGGACCUGCGAACAUUGUCGAGGGGGGCAGUGGGGGCGGGGGCGGGGGCCGGGGGGGAGGGUCAGUGAAAAAAAAAACACCCACACACCCGCGAACACGCGAACGUACGAAGGAACGCACACGCACACCACCGCGAUAAGGAAUUUGAAUCGUGAAACGUAAUACACGCAUCUCGCCAUCUGAAUGCACCGCAAGUGCAGCGGACGAUCCUUGAACGAUAUUUUUAAUAUUAAUAACAAGAAGAGUAAGAGUAAAAAGAAAAGUAACAAGGAUCGAAAAGUGAAGAUAAAGGAGAAGAAGAAAGGAAGAAAGAAAAGAGUGGCAACAUUUAUCUGACAUUUGAAACGAGGUGUAUGUGUAUGAUAUAUUUCAUACGUGCAUGCAGGUGGAGAUAUUGGAUACGUGCUAUGUGUGUAUGCACAUGCGUUCAUCGAUACGUUGAUAUGCCUGUGUGAUGUAAACGCCUUUCUAUAAUAUUACCUUUUCUUUACCUUGAAGCGGGCAGCGGUGAUCAUAAGUAACGCUAUGGUAACGGUUGGAAUUAAAAGUCCGCUAAAAAGGUUAGAGGGAUAAAAAACAAGCGCGAGCGAGCGCGCGCGCGCGCGAAAGGAUAAGAGAAAGGGAUAGAAGCGCGGCAAGUCCUUGGGACACAGGCGAGUAAAAGUGCUAAGCCAGCCGGCUGACCCUGGAGCCGCUGGGAGGCCCGAAGAGGAAGAAGAAAAAGAGGAGGGAAAAAAAAAGAAAAAAAGGAAAAAAGUAACGCGGAUAAAAAAAAUAAGAAGUAAAGAAAGAAGGAAGGAAGAAACAAGACAGGAGAACAACAAAACAACAACGCAACAAACACGCGCGCAAUCGCGCCACGGCCGGCGAAGGAGGAAAAGAAGAGAGAGGAAAAAAGUAGAAGCGUAGGAAGGAAGGCGGGCAAGCCGAGAACGACGUCGUUUCGUACCAAAGUAGAGACGAGACGGCGCGAUCUUCUUUUCUAUUCGCGCGGGGAAUUCGAACGCGGAGUUGAGGGAGAUCCCCCAUUUCACGCCAAAGCUCCUCGACAACGAUACCGCGACGUCGUUGUUCCACGCGAGGAUUAUCUAAACGGAAAAAGAAACUCGCGUACGCUUGAUCCUCGUGAGUGAUAAGAAGACGCCGAGACCAUCGGUUGGCGGAUUGACCUUGAGGCGACAGCCAUGCGGCAUUAGCGAGCCGCAUCAGCGAAUUAGAGGAUGUAAAGUUGCGUCUUCCGCAACCGACGCGAGGAAUAAACCGCGUAUUCGUGAUGAAUUCAUGGUGAAGUUUUUACAGUUUCGAAUAGUGACGAGAGGAAUGGUUUACACGUUUCGCUUGUAACGGAAAAGAGAAACGAGUGAAGUAAUCGACGAAACUUGAGUACAAAAGCGUGUCUCUUUAAAUUCGACCGAUAAUUUUUACAGUGUAACAAAUCGAGUCAAUCGAUAUUCGACGGUUGUGUUGACAUAAGUUGUGUUACCGUUUUGUUAUUUGUGCUUUUUUUUUUUGUUCUUUCUUUUUGUUUCUUCUCGCCACUUGCUAUUGGCCGUGGUCUUCGUUGCCGGUCUGUAAAUAAAUUAUACACAGUGACUAUGUGGAGAAGAACGUGAACCUGGUGAAGUGACAGUGGCCAAUUUAAACCGAUCGUGGAUCGAAAGAAAGAGAAAUAAAGAGAAAUCGAAAAGUUGACGAAUACGUAAAAUUGAGAUAAAAGCAAAGAAUAAAUAGUAAAGAAAUAUCUAGUGAAAUUCAAAUGUUUGUCAGUUAACCGUGCCUAAUAUUAUCUAAUCGUAUACGUGUUGUUCUUGUAUUUGCCAAUUUGGAUUACACGGAAGAAGAUUUGACGAUCGGCAUUCAGAGAUGUAUCCGUACUCGUCGAGAGAAACGUAAAACCCGCUCGCGGGUCGCACACUUUGGAUUGGAUAUUGGAUACUACUGAAAGACGAUGUAUACGGACGGUCUGCUGACCCUCCACUACGGGAAACACCCCGCAACCUUGGCCGCGGAGGUCGGGGCCUGGUACAGCGGGGACCAACACGUGGACGUCGCCCUGGCCUGCGACGACGGCUCGGUGAUUCGAGCCCACCGCGUCGUCCUCGCCGCGGCGAGUCCGCUCCUGGCGGACCUCCUCCGGGACCCAGCCCUGGACCACGUCGUCCACCUCUCCGGGGUCAGGAAACCCCAGCUUCAUUACCUCCUGGAGUUUCUGUACAACGGAGAAGCCUUGAUACCGUCUUCCGAGCUGAUACCACUGCGGGAACUGUUCGAGCUGCUCCAGAUAAAAUCGGAGCUCUCCGAGUCGAACCAUCCGCAGACUUCGAGCAAGUCUGACCAGGACAGAAUACCUACGCCCCAGCCCUCGGAAAGUCAGGAGAGCUCGAGUUACGAGUCACAGUACGACGGCAGUAGGCAGUCUAAUAACCCGGCCGACUGCUGUUCGGUUCUCAUAAAAACCGAGGGAUGCGAAGAUGAAACGGAAGUCGACGUCGAGGGCGUCGAAGGAGAGACCCACCACCAUCUAAGCGACACCAGAGAAGGGAGUGUCGAACCUCCCCGGAGGAGGGACAGCUCCGAUCCUGUUAACCUGUGUUUAAAUUCCGGCGCCUCUACAACCAGCGAAGGUUCACACGAUGUCGUUCACAGGCCAGAAAAGCCCCUGCUGGAAAGACGGGAGUCGUUGGAGGAAACCGAGGAGCGUAGAAGGCAGCUUCAGGCUCGUUUGGCGCUCGGCCUGGAGCCGGGCAAACGGAAACCCGAAGAGCUGCCACUUCCCCCGGCGGAAGCGUACGUGGUAACUCCUCACAGAAAGAGAAGGCCAGGGUUUCACAACGCCCCUGCCCAGAACCCGGCCUUUGUUCCCUUCAAUCCUGGAUUCGAGACGCCCCGGAGGCUGCAGGCGCCUCAUCCCCACAGUAUAUCAGCCCCGCCUUACCUAGACAGACCGGUGACGCCGCCAGGAGCGUCGCACAGGCCGCCAAGCGCGGAUCCGGUACCAGCAGGGGGCCUGGAAACGCAGUGGGGGGCGUGGACGCUGCCCCCGAGUCGGGCCCCGCCGCCCCCGCCUCCGGACGACCCCCCAAAAUCGACCCCCGUCCGCGAGUAUCGCUGUUCGUACUGCGGGAAGCAGUUCGGCAUGUCGUGGAAUCUGAAAACGCACCUGCGGGUUCACACGGGGGAAAAACCGUUCGCCUGCCGCUUGUGCGUCGCGAUGUUCAAGCAGAAGGCCCACCUCCUCAAGCACCUCUGCUCCGUUCACAGAGGCGUUAUCGCCGCCCCCGACAACACGUUUUCCUGCUGCUUCUGCAAUUCGAGCUUCGAGAGCUUGCAGGAGCUCAUCAGGCACUUGUCGGGGCCCCACAACGACUUACUACUAAGUAAAAACCUCGCCGACUAAUGACAAUUCUAAGGCUGUUCCUUUCUGGGGACACCUAAUUUAUUUACAACUCUUCGUACCGUGAUCAAUGAAUCCGUUUCUCAUCUGCGGCAGCGUCGUAAUGUGUUUUGCGCUGUCUGCGAUGUGCGUUACCUUAGUUGCUUCUCAUUCCUUUACAUUUUCUCUUUCUUUAAAGCGGUAUGUGUCACGAAGAGACGAUUGAAAAGGUGAGUGAAUUUUGGGAAUUUAUAUCUCGACUCACGAGUAUUUUUUAUGCUAGAAAUAAUUAAUGAAAGCAGUGUUAUCGACAACAACGUCAACGAUCUUGCUUGGCGACAUGUUUCUCUGAGUUCACUAUGUCUCAAAAAUGGUUAAAUGGAUUCACUUCAAAUUCAUCAAAAAUCACUCAGGCACGGUGCACAGUUUUUUUUUUCGCAACAAAAUGGCGACUACAUGAACUUGAAAUUCUAAUCUUCGUAAAAAAUGUAUUACUUUGUUUUAAGACUCAAUUAAUUUAAACAAUAUGAUAAUUACGAAUAAGCGGAAUCGUGGCAAAGAGAAUGAACUCUAUAAGAAUACAUCGUGGUUACCAAAAAACAUGUCACCGCAUGAAAGAGUUGACAUUAUUAUCAAUAAUAAUGCUUUCUUUUAAUUGAUGCUACUUUAAAAGAAAAAAAAAAUACUUAAAUAAAGCUCGAUCGACAUACUUGCGAAUAUAACAAACCCGAAUUGAAUUAAAUAAUUGGAUGUCGAGAUAUGAAUUCCCAAAAUAUACCCACUUUUUCAGCCAUCUACUCGUGUUCCAUAACCCCUUGGGACCCAACCAUAACCGUUUAUUUUUGCAAUACAUAUACACAAUACUAGUAAUUUCAGCCAACUCAAUUCGCAGUUAUUAUAAUUUAUUUCAAGGUUAAAUUAUAUUUUAGCAGCCCUAGCGAACAUUUUGUCUGCUGUAAAAUAACAUUUGAUGUCACAAUUAGCCUCGGUAACCAGUGCAAAACCAAAAUAAAAUUACGAAUGCCUCUAACAGCGACCAUUUGAUAUUGCAUCGAGGCUUGAUUUUGUCUCACGAAUAUCGGUAAAAACAAUAUUUUCCUCGAUAAUGCGAACCUAAAAUUGUGGAACGUUACUUCACGCCAAAUAUUCGAUAAAUAUCUCUUCCUUUUCACGAAUUUAGCCCCUGAAAAUCACCUCCACUUGUGUAGAUGUAUCGAAAAAGACACAGGUACGGCUUACUCUGGACCUUGUUUCACUGCCAGUAGCAGAGAUUGAUCGAUCUAAGACAGACGAUAACUUCUUUUUUCGCAUUAGGAUCCCAGUCAUUAUUUGAAAUAUUUCAAAAUGAUCAUGAGCCAUGAAAGUAGAUGCUUCGAAUUGGUUUUUCAGGUGUUGAGCAUCUCAGGCGGUUAAAUCAUAGUGUUUUUCACGUAAGUACUCUUGAGCCUUUGAUUCCAAUAGCUUUGUGUAAAGAAAAAAACUUCAGCCACUUUUCUUUCGGAAAACAAAUUUAAAAUUCACCAACUAUGACUUGAAAUUUCGUGAAAAUUGAAAAUUGGAAUAUGAAAAAAGGGUUCCGUCAACGAUAUUAAUUCUAAUGUUUGAAUUCAAUGGGAUAAUUUAUUUUACGCUCCAGAGAAGAAUUUUGAGAUCCAUCUCUAGAACAAAGUUUUUCUUAUUUUUCUUCGGACAGUGAAUUUUAUUUACUGUGGUAUUUUACCAACGUUGAUUUAAUUUGAUAUUUACUGCGUUCCCUCAAGAGUACUUAUUUGAUUACGGAAAUUAACCGAAAGUAGCUUGAGUCCUGUUCUAAAACGAGCCGUUCUUUUGUUUGCUAGCGUUGGUGAAAAAAAAUAUUUUCAUGUCAAGAUGAAAUUUUUGUUGAAUCAAGUUGCAGUGAAAGGAAAAUUAACAUUUCACCUACAUGCAAAUGGUGCUUGUUCCAAGCAAUAAUUAUCUUCCGUCUCAGUAAUAGAUUUACUCUUUUUUUUCCCCCCAUGUUUAUCUUCUACCUCUUUUUUUUUUAUUUAAUUUCUCAAAUUCUGUUCCUCCUUCACCUCAUUUUCUCCUUUUCUGAGAGCAUCUAACGCCGGGUGACACUUAUUAAAGUUUUUUUUUCCGUUACGUUUAAUAGCAAUUAUAUAAUUAGUAUAUUCUUGAAAUUUUUUAUUUAUUGUUGUAUUACGUGAAAUUUUAGUAUCCCUCAACUGUCUUACCGCUCUACGUUUAUAAUCAUUUUUCACCCACAUGAUCGUCGAAUCGUUUAUCUCGCAAUCUGUCUUAUGUACGGUAAAUGCUUGGUAAUGAAAUCUACGGUAAUUGUCAAACUCUGUUCGGAAAAGAAAAGUAACAUUUAUUUACAAAAAUUUUUCUAGCAAUUGGAAGCCAUUUUAUGCACAAACGAAAAAUAUGAACUAUAAUCUCUUCCGAGUCACGGUAGUAACGACGCGUGAUUGACAAUAAUUGAAAAUUAAGAAUAGUGUAUAUGAAAAAAAGUAUUCCACGGCUUCUAUUUGGUGCAUUCCACGCCACCACGAUCAGAGUCUCACCCUCAACCUCUUGGAUUUGGUCCACGAUUUUUUCAAAUUUUUGCAACAUAUCCUAAUUACAAUUUUAAAAAAUCAACUUGUUUUUACACGUAAUUUAAAAUUUUUUUAAAAAUAGUGAGUCCUUUUCAGAGUCGGAACAACAUUAUAGAAAAUCGCGAACCAAAUCCAAGAGGUCGAGGGUCAGACCCUGAUCGAGUUAGCGUGGAAUGCUCCACGUACUUGGUAUAUAAAUCACCUUGUGCCUUGGUAUUUUUCCCCAGAAAAGUAAAAGAUAAUUGCUUCAUUCUACACAUGGGCAUAUUUAUCUGAGAUAAAAUCGGGUACCUUCUGUUCGACGAAUAUUUACUCAUUAAAGGUGAAACAUGUAUCUUGGUAGUUAAAUUAUUCUCCACGAAUUUUUACGCCAAUAUUUUGGCAAUAAUUUGUGAGCGUCGAAACGUAGGAAGAUAAAAAUCUCAGAGAUGCAUACGAGGAUAAUUCUCUAUGUAUUUUUAAUAAUUUUUUGACAGAAAACUGGAAACGUUUUACCCGCAUAAUUUUAAUUACGCAUUUUUAUGAAAAAUCGUAGAUACAUAAUUUCUUUCUCCAGAGUUUGGUAGAAAAAAACGUCGUCAAAAGAAUAACAAUUAAUUACGCGUAUUCCGCGGAAGAUCUGAAAUUGAAUGAAAAAUACUCGAUGGCAAAAUAUCCUGGCGCUACAAACUAUAACUACGGUAACGGCUUGAAAUUGCUUUUAUUUCUUCACACCCAUUAUAUUAUGCGCGUCCCGUUAUUAUUCAACUUGGAAACGAAAUGUACUGUUUAGUCAGUAAAAUGAAAGCCAGUCGAAUUAAACCCAUAACUGUUACUGCUAGAUCGAAUGAACGCGAUGAAGUUAGUCUUUUAGUCGUUUUCCGCUUUGAAUAUUUUUUCCCUAGUCUUUAUUCUGAGAUAUUAUUUGUUCACCAAUUUGAAAAAAGAAAAAAACGAUAAAUCACUACGAACAAAUGAUAAUUUCAUUAAUCGUUAACGAUUGAUCUAUUUUGUCUUAUAGAUGUGGCUUAGCAUGUAUUUUUGGUUUUACGCUAGAAGCGGGAAACUUAAAAUCAGAAUGAUUCGUUAUAUUUUAUAAAUUUUUUAUGCAAUACCAUCGAGUGAUCAGUCUGCUCAUCAAUUAGGCGGGUUAUUUAUUUUUUUUUAUUCAGUCACUGAACGAGGUAUUAAAUUAAUUUUUCACGAUCUCAAGAUAGAGUAGCGACCAAAUCAAUCGAUGAAUGAAAAGCUGAGUUGGGUGAAAAACUGUACAGUUUUUAAAUGACGAAGCAAAACGGAGCGAAGUGGUUUUCGUAAUUUGAAAAUCAAUGAGUACUCUCGCGAUAAAAUGUUAUACAGUUACCCCUUGAAAAUUCUACACAAUUGUCGAAAAACGUGAGAAUAAAUGAUAUUUUACCAUUUGUAUGCAUACUGCGUUCAAGCCUGAUCUUUCCGGAAUUCGUGUAAAGUAUAAUUCAGCCGAACCGUAUUAACAACACUCGUCAUAGGCAUAUUAUAUGAGCGUGUAACCACUUCACGAUGGCGAUCGUAAGAGUAUGAUGAGAUAACUGGGAAUCAUUUUUUCACUUCCCAGUACCAGAUGCCCAGUUAAUUGUUAGUAAAUUAUCAUGUAAUGUAAGGUAUAAUAUAUUUUUAAGAUUUACUUCUAUUAAUUUUAGGAUUUUAAUAUUAAUAAUAUAACUGUUAUUAUUAUCACUUAUUAU